UUUAUUUUAUUUUAUUUUAAAAAUAAAAAAAUUACUAAUUACUAAUUUAUUCAAUCCUAUUUUAAAAUUGGCAAACAUUCAUUAUCAUUUACUAAUUAUUUUUUACACAAAGAAAAAAAAAAAGCAUCUCGUGACGGUUUACAACAUGUUCACUAUGUCAUUUUAUCAUUACAUAAUUAUAUUAAUUUAUUAUUAUAUAUUAAUUAUAUAUAAUCAUAUAUAUCUUUUUUUACAUAAACAAAAACUCUUCCUUAUCGUCUUACCUUUUAAUACCAUUUUUCUUUCAUAUUACAUCAUCUACUUCCUUCAUAUUUAGCCCAAUCUUCAGAAUAGGUAGGAAUUAAAAAAUUGAGAAUCGAAAGAUAAGGUUAAACUUUUGAUUCGAAUGAUUUAAAGAAAUUUCUCGCGUUUUAUUGCCUUUUAUUAAUAUAAUAAUAAUGCAAGAUGAUAUUCUUUAAAGAAUACAUUUACUUUACAUUUUACAUUUUACAUUUACAUUUACAUUUAAA